AUAUUCACUUAUAGUGAGUACAUACCUUGCAUGUCCUCUGGGCCUGUGUGUCCAGCUUUUAUGUGGGUUCUGGGUAUCUGAACUCGGGUUCUCACAGCUGCAGCACAGUAAGCACUUUGCAGGGAACUACUUACCAGCUGCUCCAGCCUAGAUUUUAUGUCAUGGUGGGGAUUAAAGCCAUGUCUCUCUCUGUGGUUGCGCGUGUGUGUGUGUGUGUGUGUGUGUGUGUGUGUGUGUGUGUGAGAGAGAGAGAGAGAGAGAGAGAGAGAGAUGGUUGGUUAGUCUUAGUUGUCAAACUGAAAAUCACCUGUAUGAUAGGACUCUAGGCAUGCAUGGGGGUGGGUUAUCUUACAUUAAGUGGGGAAAAACCAUCUUAAUUGUGGGUAGGACCAUCCCCUGAGGUAAAUCUUGGACUGUAUACAGUGAGAAAGUGAACUGAGUAGUGGGCUGCAUUAAUUUCUCUCUGCAAACAGGAUGUGGUGACCAGCUGCUUCAAGCUCCUGCUGCUUGUACUUAGGGCCUAUACUCAUAAAUUGUGGGUUGAUGAGUGGAGUGGGGUGGGAUGGGGGAAUGCGUGUCUCCUGCAUGUGCAGACUUCUCAGAAUUGGACUUCGGACCUCCCAGUUGGAUUUGUGGGUCUACAGGAACUUCCAGUUUGUUCUGGGUGCUGGGAUCUAUGCUUAAUCCUUAUGAUUCCACUGCAAGCAAGCAUUCUUAAGUGCUGAGUCAUCUCUCUAGUCCAAGAGUAUUUUAUUGAAGCAGCAGGACAGUAAAGUAAGCUCGACAGGAGUGAGCACUUCACCAUCUGAGACACAUCCCCAGCUUGAACACACCUCUGUGUAGGAAAUUAGAGGGAUUGGCAGCCACCAUUCGCUUGUGAUGUCGAUAAACUUCAUUUCACCCCGCGGAUCCAGAGGCUGAAUGAGCUGGAGGCCCAAACACGUGUAAAAUUGAAUUUCCUGGACCAGAUUGCAAAGUAUUGGGAGCUACAAGGAAGUACUCUGAAGAUUCCCCACGUGGAGAGAAAGAUCUUAGACUUGUUCCAGCUAAAUAAGUUAGUCGCAGAAGAAGGUGGGUUUGCAGUUGUUUGCAAGGAUAGAAAAUGGACCAAAAUUGCCACCAAGAUGGGUUUUGCUCCUGGUAAAGCUGUGGGCUCACAUAUCAGGGGACAUUAUGAGCGAAUACUCAAUCCAUACAAUUUGUUCCUGUCUGGAGACAGUCUGAGGUGUCUUCAGAAGCCUAACCUGACCUCCGACACAAAGGACAAGGAGUACAAACCCCAUGAUAUUCCCCAGAGGCAGUCUGUGCAGCCCGCAGAAACCUGUCCUCCGGCCCGCCGAGCAAAGCGCAUGAGAGCAGAGGCUAUGAAUAUUAAAAUUGAGCCAGAAGAGGCAACAGAAGCCAGGACUCAUAAUCUGAGACGCCGAAUGGGUUGCACAACUCCAAAAUGGGAAAAUGAGAAAGAAAUGAAAAGCACCAUCAAGCAAGAGCCCACUGAGAAGAAAGACUGCGAGUUAGAAAGUGAGAAGGAGAAGCCCAAGAGCCGGGCCAAGAAAACGGCCACUGCGGUGGACCUGUAUGUGUGCCUCUUAUGUGGAAGUGGCAAUGACGAGGACCGACUCCUACUGUGUGACGGCUGUGAUGACAGUUACCACACCUUCUGCCUGGUUCCCCCUCUCCAUGACGUUCCCAAGGGAGACUGGAGGUGUCCUAAGUGUUUGGCUCAAGAAUGUAAUAAGCCACAAGAAGCUUUUGGUUUUGAACAAGCAGCAAGGGACUAUACACUUCGUACAUUUGGAGAAAUGGCAGAUGCAUUCAAAUCUGAUUACUUCAACAUGCCAGUCCAUAUGGUUCCCACAGAGCUGGUGGAGAAGGAGUUUUGGCGGCUCGUAAGCACUAUUGAAGAAGACGUCACGGUGGAGUAUGGAGCUGAUAUUGCUUCAAAAGAGUUUGGCAGUGGCUUUCCUGUUCGAGAUGGGAAAAUCAAGAUUUCUCCUGAGGAAGAGGAAUACCUGGAUAGUGGCUGGAAUUUGAACAACAUGCCAGUGAUGGAGCAGUCUGUCCUUGCUCAUAUUACUGCUGAUAUAUGUGGCAUGAAACUCCCCUGGUUGUAUGUGGGCAUGUGCUUUUCUUCAUUCUGUUGGCACAUUGAAGACCACUGGAGCUAUUCAAUCAACUACCUACACUGGGGUGAGCCAAAAACCUGGUAUGGAGUUCCAGGCUACGCUGCUGAGCAGCUAGAAAACGUGAUGAAGAAGCUCGCUCCUGAGCUCUUUGUGUCCCAGCCGGACCUGCUCCACCAGCUGGUGACCAUCAUGAACCCCAACACUCUGAUGACUCAUGAAGUGCCUGUUUAUCGAACGAAUCAGUGUGCUGGGGAGUUUGUAAUUACGUUUCCAAGAGCCUACCACAGUGGCUUCAACCAAGGUUUUAAUUUUGCCGAGGCUGUUAACUUCUGCACUGUUGAUUGGCUGCCAUUGGGCCGCCAGUGUGUGGAGCAUUAUCGCUUGCUGCACCGUUAUUGUGUCUUUUCCCACGAUGAAAUGAUAUGCAAAAUGGCUUCUAAGGCUGAUGUAUUAGACGUUGUGGUAGCGUCAACUGUUCAGAAGGACAUGGCCAUCAUGAUCGAGGACGAGAAAGCUUUAAGGGAAACUGUUCGGAAAUUGGGAGUAAUUGAUUCUGAAAGAAUGGAUUUUGAGCUGUUGCCAGAUGAUGAGCGGCAGUGUAUAAAAUGCAAAACUACAUGCUUCAUGUCUGCCAUCUCCUGCUCUUGUAAACCUGGCCUACUUGUUUGCCUACAUCAUGUGAAAGAAUUGUGUUCUUGCCCCCCGUAUAAGUAUAACCUGCGGUAUAGAUACACUCUGGAUGAUCUCUAUCCAAUGAUGAAUGCAUUAAAGCUUCGAGCAGAGUCUUACAAUGAAUGGGCCUUAAAUGUGAAUGAAGCCUUGGAAGCAAAGAUCAAUAAGAAGAAAAGUCUUGUCAGCUUUAAAGCUUUGAUUGAAGAAUCAGAAAUGAAAAAAUUCCCAGACAAUGAUCUUUUGCGUCACCUUCGACUAGUCACGCAGGAUGCAGAAAAGUGUGCCUCUGUUGCCCAGCAGUUGCUUAAUGGCAAAAGGCAAACAAGGUAUCGAUCUGGUGGAGGAAAGUCUCAGAAUCAGCUGACGGUGAAUGAACUUAGACAGUUUGUGACUCAGCUGUAUGCUCUGCCGUGCGUCCUUAGUCAGACACCGUUGCUAAAGGAUCUCUUGAAUCGUGUGGAAGAUUUCCAACAGCAAAGCCAAAAACUACUGUCUGAGGAAAUGCCUAGCGCUGCCGAGCUACAGGAGUUGCUGGAUGUCAGCUUUGAAUUUGAUGUUGAGCUUCCACAGCUCACUGAGAUGCGCAUUCGCUUAGAGCAGGCCCGCUGGCUGGAAGAGGUUCAGCAGGCUUGCCUGGACUCCAGCUCCCUUUCUUUGGAUGAUAUGAGACGACUCAUAGACUUAGGGGUGGGGCUGGCUCCAUAUUCUGCUGUGGAGAAAGCUAUGGCCCGCCUGCAGGAGCUGCUAACAGUGUCAGAACACUGGGACGACAAAGCCAAGAGUCUCCUCAGAGCAAGACCACGGCAUUCUUUGAGUAGCCUUGCUACAGCAGUCAAAGAGAUGGAGGAGAUCCCCGCCUACCUGCCCAAUGGUACAGUCCUGAAGGAUUCUGUGCAAAGAGCCAGAGACUGGGUUCAGGAUGUGGAUGCAUUGCAGGCAGGAGGACGUGUGCCAGUGUUAGAGACACUCAUUGAACUUGUUGCAAGAGGCCGAUCUAUCCCAGUACAUCUCAAUUCUUUACCAAGAUUGGAAAUGUUAGUAGCUGAAGUUCAUGCAUGGAAAGAAUGUGCUGCUAAAACAUUCUUGCCUGAGAAUUCUACAUAUUCUCUGUUAGAGGUUCUUUGCCCUCGGUGUGACAUUGGCCUUUUGGGGCUGAAAAGGAAACAGAGAAAGUUGAAGGAGCCCUUGCCGAGUGGAAAGAAGAGAAGCACCAAGUUAGAGAGCCUGAGCGAUCUGGAGAGGGCUCUGAUGGAGAGCAAAGAGACUGCGGCAGCUAUGGCAACUCUUGGGGAAGCUCGCCUACGAGAGAUGGAAGCUUUGCAGUCUCUCAGAUUUGCCAAUGAAGAGAAAUUGCUGUCACCUGUCCAAGACUUAGAGAUGAAAGUCUGCUUGUGUCAGAAGACUCCAGCCACUCCCAUGAUUCAGUGUGAACUCUGCAGGGAUGCUUUCCAUACUAGUUGUGUGGCAGCACCCAGUAUUUCACAAAGCUCCCGAAUCUGGCUUUGUCCUCACUGUCGGAGGUCAGAGAAGCCUCCAUUAGAGAAAAUUCUGCCUCUGCUGGCCUCCCUACAGCGUAUACGAGUUCGUCUUCCUGAAGGAGAUGCACUCCGAUACAUGAUUGAAAGAACCGUGAACUGGCAACAUAGAGCCCAGCAGCUGCUUUCUUCAGGGAAUCUAAAACUUGUGCAAGACCAAGUGGGUUCUGGACUGUUGUCUAGCAGAUGGCCAGCCUCAGCAGGACAGGCAUCAGCAACAGACAAGGUGUCUCAGCCUCCUGGCACAACAUCCUUUUCAUUGCCCGAUGACUGGGACAACAGAACCUCAUAUUUACACUCUCCCUUCUCUACUGGACAGAGUUGUCUCCCCCUCCAUGGUUUGAGUCCAGAAGUGAAUGAAUUGCUGAUGGAAGCCCAGCUGCUCCAGGUAUCCCUUCCUGAAAUUCAGGAGCUUUAUCAGACUCUACUUACUAAGCCAAGCUCUGUUCAGCAAGCUGACCGAAGUUCACCAGUUAGAUCCAGCAGUGAGAAGAACGAUUGCCUUCGAGGGAAACGAGAUGCAAUCAACAGUCCUGAGAGGAAACUGAAAAGGCGCCCAGAAAGAGAAGGCCUUCCUAGCGAGCGGUGGGAUCGAGUUAAACACAUGCGGACCCCCCAAAAGAAGAAAAUCAAACUGAGUCACCCCAAGGACAUGGACAGUUUCAAGUUAGAAAGAGAGCGUAGCUAUGACUUAGUGCGUAAUGCUGAAACUCAUUCCCUGCCCUCAGACACAUCCUACUCCGAACAGGAGGACUCUGAGGAUGAAGAUGCCAUCUGUCCAGCUGUGAGCUGCCUGCAGCCAGAAGGAGAUGAGGUGGACUGGGUCCAGUGUGAUGGCAGCUGCAAUCAGUGGUUUCACCAGGUCUGUGUUGGUGUCUCUCCAGAGAUGGCAGAGAAGGAAGACUACAUCUGUGUGCGCUGUACUGGGAAGGACGCACCAAGCCGAAAGUAAAAACAAAACACACACUCACUUCAUGUAAUUCAGGACUCCAAUAAAGAAGAUUUCCUCAAUCUCAGCAAAGCUACAGGACUGGGGUCGAGCCAGCCUGUACACGGUGCUAUUUCUAUUCCUUAUGGGAUCAUUUUUCCAGAACUCUUUGAAAAAAAGAAAAAACAACUAAAAAAAUUUUGACACUUUUUUGUAAUUUUUUUCCUUAAAAGCUGUUUGUGGUUGUUGAAGUUUAAAAUGCUGACUGUUUUUUGCAGGGGUCUCUACUGAUUACGAAGGUAUUGGAGUUUGCACCUUUUUGUGUACAGCAAAACAUUGUACUUCUGCCUGGGAUAUGCCGGCUUAAGAGUCCAACUCAGUUUCAGAGCCCAGCAGGGGCACCAGAAUUCCAGUAACCCUCACAGAGCAGCCGCGCUCCUUUGUCUGUCACCACAUUGGGGGGAUUUUAAGUUUUUACUUUGGGGUUUUUGUUCCUUUCUUUCUCCCCUUUUCCUUUCUGGUAGGCUAGGUUUAUUUAUCUCAGCAAUAACUUCUAUGUUGGUUUCAGUGGCUGGAAUUAAAACAAAACAAACUUCUAAACAGUGUGUUGGUGCUUUAGCAUUUGGCUCAUGUACAGAAAGCAAAUGUCUAGUUUCUGGUGUCACUGCACUAGUGAUUUAGGAAGAGACUGCGCUGUAAGUAAUCGCCCGCCACGGCUGUAUUUUGGCUUUCUCCCUACUCAGUCCCCCACCCCCACCCUUUUUUUUUUUUUUUUUUUUUGGUAGAAUGUAUCAAAUGUUGCAGUUUAUAUUGUGGAAUAAUAAAUCCUUGGUCCUAUUCUAACACUAGACUACAGCUUCUUCUGCCCUUCCACCUCGUGGGCCUGCAGAACCAGAAGGGUUGCUUGCUUCUGCUUCUUCCCAGGCAGGCAGCCGCAGAAGUGUGUUUGCUCUAGGAGACUCUGUAGCCUUAUUCUCUGGGUGGGCCUGUGCCUUCAUGCCCCACUAAUAAAGAAUCCCUGUCUUUAAAGACCAGAGCCAGUCCUUUAAGCCAUGUUCUUUUUCAGUAAGCCCUCAGAAUAUUGGAGUGGUCCCCAAAUCACUCCAGACUGUAAGACAGCUCUCCUAUGGAAUGCUUUUAUUGUCAUUGAAUUGACAGGGAAGUUUGGUUGAGAUGUGGUCCAUCAUCUUAGAGGCUCAGAUCUGUUGUAUCAGUUGAGGGGGACCUUGGGCCUGCCUGGGAUUUCUCUGCCAUCUAUGUAAUUUCAUCAGUCUCUCUGGUUGUGGACAGCCGAUACCAGUUUCCCCUGAUCUGCAGAGAGGAAGACUUCCAGUGAGCAGAACAGGCUCUUGCUCACUUUUCUCCUAAGUUGUUGCAAGCUCUUGUUUUCCUCACUGUCUGUAGCCAUAAGCCUGAUGGUGGGCAGAGUUAGCAGACCUUUAAUAAAACAUCAAAAAGCAGUUUGUGAAAUAGCGAAAAUUUAAAUGUACUGUCCCCUAUGCAAUCCAGGUAAUUAAAUCUGUUUAAGAAUAA